CUCCUCGUGUCUCUCCCCAUCUCUGUCUCUUCCUCUCUCUCUUUCUUGGUGACUCAUCUCUGCGGCGUUGCCCUCCCCCGCUUGCUGGGUCUCCCCUCCCCUACUCAGGAGUGGGUGGGGGUCUGAGGGCGAGUGGGACCUAGGGACUAAAAAUCAGGGUGGGCAUCGCCUUCCCAUCACUCAUCAUUACAGACCCUCCCAUAGCCCCCAGCCCACCCCUCAGUCCCUUCCCCAGGACUCCCCAGCUCUGGGAUGGGGAGGGGAUAGGGCAAGAUUUUAAAUGGGGCAAUUUUCAGGGGGCCUUCAGCAUCUUCUGUAAGUUCAAAGUGGAGACCCCUUCCCCUCUCAUAAAGUGGCCCCUUCCUGCCUGCCCCUCCACCAUGGCUGACGCAGUUAAAGGCUGCAGAGACCUUCCCAGAGGAAAGACCCAGUGCUCUUCCUCACUCUCCUGGUUUUCCAAAUCUUCAGCUUGGAUUCCUACGAUGCUGGAUCCCAUCUUCUCCAGCUACCCUCUUGGAGGGAGAUUCAGAAACAAAUACAAAGAGAGAUGAUGGAUUCACAUAAACAAGUCAGAGACAAUACCAGGCAUCCCCAACCAGGUCCCCAUAUCGGCUCUGCCUUUUCCAGCACUCUGUCUCUCCCACUCUCUUCAGUUCUCUUUCUUUUUCUACUGUCUCCCUCCUUUCCCCAUCCCAAGAACCUGUGCCCAGUCCAGAAGCCCCUAGAGGCAGCAGGGUAUGAAGGGCACAGCUCACCCCCAGUAGAGGGGGGGAGUGUGUGAAUGAGCUGACCCAGUAGGGAACUGGGAUGGAGAGUGGCAGAAACAGAAUGAGUCCAGAGACCAUGCAGACAGAGUCAAGACCCAGAUUGUGGAAUCUCCAAGCUUUUGGUGCCCCAGGCAUUCACAUCCACCCCGUCCCUCACCACAGGAUGACUGGAGCCUUGAGGAUGCUGAUUUCUGAGAAGUUCUCCUGGGAUUUUGAACUUAAGAGCAGGAAGGGAGGGAUGGGGAGUGGGGGCAUGUGUGUGCUUACACAUACAUUGUUGUGUGCCACCAAGCCAGGCACACUUUUUGGACACCAACGGAUGCCCAGAACUGGGUGUGCUCAAAGACUCCAAACUGCACGGACAUACAGGCAUGCAGAAGAGAUAAGAACCCCCCAACACACACACACACACAUGCACACACACCUGGAAGCAAACACAAUCACAGCCACACAGACCGGAAUAGAACAUCACGUAGUUAAAUUAGAAACACUACCAUGCCCAUCCACUCUUGAUCUGAUUAAAUGCACAAUUGCUUCCCCCAAUUCCCUUUAUUUUUCUCCCCACUCCCAGCCAUGUAUCUCAUUCAUCUCCACACACACAUAAACACACAUGCACAAGCCAUGUACAUGUACACGCAGGUGUGUGUGCACACACAAGCCCACAGGCAAAUACAGUUUCUCUAGGUGCCUGACUCCUCUCCUCUUGCAACUUGGUCUCUAAUCCCCAUCAGCUACUCAGUCAGCCCCCUUGGCUGGCUCCCUCCCCUCUCCCUUCUCUCUUGGAUGGCUUCCCCUCCCCCUCUCCAGAUGUCUGAGCCAUCUCUCUCUGAUUCAUCCUCCUCAGGAAGGUAACGUGACCCCCUCCCCAUCCCACUGCUCUCUGUAUCCAGGCUGGGAAGAUGAAGGGGAGAUGGGGGGCAGGGAGAGGAAGGAGGGGAGGCCGUGGCUAGUUGUGUGUGGGGAUGGGAGGCAUUGCCUCGGGGUCUCCUAUCCCCUCUUUUCCCUCCUUUCUUUGGAAUUUCCACUGUCACCUUGGUUCUCAGUAUUUUUUUUCUCCUUUAGCUUGCUCCUUCUACCUGUUCCAGAUCCCUUCAUUCCUUCCUCCUCCCCUGCCAUCUCUUCUCUCUUUUCUCCCUCUCCACUCCUCCCCAUUUCUUUCCCCGCAGAGCUGAUGGGCUUUCUUCUGGGAAAGUCGAGCCACUGAUGGAAGCGAGAAGCCACUGCUGGUUAUAGAGAGAAAGCACAUCCACCCAUCUGACCCUGCCAGGGGGCUGCCACCCGCACCGCUGAUCCGCGGACAGAGCCUGCAGGCGCGCAGAUCUGUCCCUCCGCGCUCAGGCGGUGAAGGCGCGGGCGCUGUCCAGCGUGCUGAAGCCGGAGCGAACGAGCCGCCCGAAGCCGCGCCGACCCAGCUGAGCCCAGCCCACGGGACGUCAGACCUCGACCGUCGCUCGUAUCCCGGCCACCGCUCCGAGCCGAGGCGGACGCGUCCCGAUCUUCCCCUGUCCCCACCCCGCCCCGACCCUCCUCUCCACCUCUCGCGUCGUGACACCAGCUGUCUCCGGCAGCCCCUUGGUCAUGAAAGCCCUCAGAUUGUCGGCUUCGGCCCUCUUCUGCCUUCUGCUGAUCAAGGGGUUAGGGGCAGCACCCCCGGGUCGCCCUGAGGCGCAGCCUCCUCCCCUCAGCUCUGAGCAUAAAGAGCCGGUAGCCGGGGACGCAGUGCCCGGGCCAAAGGAUGGCAGCGCCCCAGAGGUCCGAGCCGCUCGGAAUUCCGAGCCGCAGGACGAGGGAGAGCUUUUCCAGGGCGUGGAUCCCCGGGCGCUGGCCGCGGUGCUGCUGCAGGCACUCGACCGCCCCGCCUCGCCCCCCGCACCAAGCGGCUCCCAGCAGGGGCCGGCGGAAGAAGCCGCUGAAGCUCUGCUGACCGAGACCGUGCGCAGCCAGACCCACAGCCUCCCGGCGCCGGAGAGCCCGGAGCCCGCGGCUCCGCCUCGCCCUCAGACUCCGGAGAAUGGGCCCGAGGCGAGCGAUCCCUCCGAGGAGCUCGAGGCGCUAGCGUCCCUGCUCCAGGAACUGCGAGAUUUCAGUCCAAGUAGCGCCAAGCGCCAGCAGGAGACGGCGGCAGCAGAGACGGAAACCCGCACGCACACGCUGACCCGAGUGAAUCUGGAGAGCCCGGGGCCAGAGCGCGUGUGGCGCGCUUCCUGGGGAGAGUUCCAGGCGCGUGUCCCGGAGCGCGCGCCCCUGCCGCCCCCGGCCCCCUCGCAAUUCCAGGCGCGUAUGCCCGAGAGCGGGCCCCUUCCCGAAACCCACAAGUUCGGGGAAGGAGUGUCCUCCCCCAAAACACACCUAGGCGAGGCACUGGCACCCUUGUCCAAGGCGUACCAAGGCCUGGCCGCCCCGUUCCCCAAGGCGCGCCGGCCGGAGAGCGCACUCCUUGGCGGCUCCGAGGCGGGCGAGCGCCUUCUCCAGCAAGGGCUGGCGCAGGUGGAGGCCGGGCGGCGGCAGGCGGAGGCCACGCGGCAGGCCGCGGCGCAGGAAGAGCGGCUGGCCGACCUCGCCUCGGACCUGCUGCUCCAGUAUUUGCUGCAGGGCGGGGCCCGGCAGCGCGGCCUCGGGGGUCGGGGGCUGCAGGAGGCGGCAGAGGAGCGAGAGAGCGCAAGGGAGGAGGAGGAGGCGGAGCAGGAGAGACGCGGCGGGGAGGAGAGGGUGGGGGAAGAGGAUGAGGAGGCGGCGGAGGCGGAGGCAGAGGCGGAGGAGGCGGAGAGGGCGCGGCAGAACGCGCUCCUGUUCGCGGAGGAGGAGGACGGGGAAGCCGGCGCCGAGGACAAGCGCUCCCAGGAGGAGACGCCGGGCCACCGGCGGAAGGAGGCCGAGGGGGCAGAGGAGGGCGGGGAGGAGGACGACGACGAGGAGAUGGACCCGCAGACGAUCGACAGCCUCAUUGAGCUGUCCACCAAACUCCACCUGCCAGCGGACGACGUGGUCAGCAUCAUCGAGGAGGUGGAGGAGAAGCGGAAGCGGAAGAAGAACGCCCCUCCUGAGCCCGUGCCGCCCCCCCGUGCCGCCCCCGCCCCCACCCACGUCCGCUCCCCGCAGCCCCCGCCCCCGGCCCCCGCUCCCGCUAGAGACGAGCUACCGGACUGGAACGAGGUGCUCCCGCCCUGGGAUCGGGAGGAGGACGAGGUGUACCCGCCAGGGCCGUACCACCCUUUCCCCAACUACAUCCGGCCGCGGACACUGCAGCCGCCCUCGGCCUUGCGCCGCCGCCACUACCACCACGCCUUGCCGCCUUCGCGCCACUAUCCCGGCCGGGAGGCCCAGGCGCGGCGCGCACAGGAGGAGGCGGAGGCUGAGGAGCGCCGGCUGCAGGAGCAGGAAGAGCUGGAGAAUUACAUCGAGCACGUGCUGCUCCGGCGCCCGUGACCGCCCCCCCGGCCCCGCCCCCGCGCGCCCCCGCCGCGCGCGCCGCCGCCCCCCUCCGUGUCGCCCGCUCCCCCUCGGUGUUUGCAUGCGACCCGGCCCCGCCCCUCGGCCCCGCCCCCGUCCCCGGGCUGCGCCGGGACCUGCCAGACCCCCUUCCCGGGUCCAGAGCCCGAACUCCCAGAGCUCACCCGCGGGUGACCCGGGGCCAGCCCAGGACGGCGGGUGGUUUGUGCGAGUUCCCUCCCCACGCGGGGCCCCAGCCCCAUCAAGUCCCUCUGGGGACGUCCCCGUCCGAAACCGGAAAAAGCAGUUCCAGUUAAUUGUGUGAAGUGUCUGUCUCCAGCCCUCCGGGCCUCCCACGAGCCCCUCCAACCUCUCCAAAUCGCUGUGAAUUGACCCCUUCUUUCCUUUCUCUGUUGUAAAUACCCCUCACGGAGGAAAUAGUUUUGCUAAGAAAUAAAAGUGACUAUUUUAUUAGGA